GCGGGCCGGGCGGGCCAUGAAGCUGCUGCGGGCGGCGCUGGCGCUGGCGCUGCUGCCGCUGCCGCUCCUGGGGCCGGCGGGCGCCGUGGAGCCCAUCAGCCUGGGGCUGGCGAUCGCGGGAGCCGCCGCCUCGGCCCUUACCGGCAUCAUCUCCUACCCGCGGCUCUACUGCUACUUCAGGGAGUGCUGCCUGCAGCGGCAGGACCUGCGCGCUGCCGCCGGGCUGCAGGAGAGCCUGGAGAGGAGGCUGUUCGGGCAGCACCUGGUGAGCAAGGUGGUUGUGAAGGCCGUGAGGGGCUUCUUGAACAACACCAACGCCAAAAAGCCUCUUGCCCUUUCCUUGCACGGCUGGACUGGAACAGGCAAAAACUUUGUCAGCAAGAUCGUGGCCGAAAGCAUCUACAAACGAGGCCUGCACAGCAAAUAUGUCCAUCAGUUCGUGGCUACUUUGCACUUCCCUCACGCCAACAGCAUCAAUCUCUACAAGGACCAGCUGCAGUCGUGGAUUCGCGGCAAUGUGAGCAUCUGCCCCAGGUCUCUCUUCAUCUUUGAUGAGAUGGACAAGAUGCAUGCAGGACUCAUUGACUCCAUCAAGCCUUUCCUGGACUACUACGAGCUCCUGGAUGGGGUCUCCUACCGCCAGGCCAUCUUCAUCUUCCUCAGCAAUGCAGGAGCUGAGAAGAUAACAGAGGUGGCUCUGGACUUCUGGAGGAAGGGGAGGAGCAGGGAGGACAUCCAGCUGACAGACAUCCAGAAUGCCCUCUCCGUGUCUGUCUUCAACAACAAGAACAGUGGAUUCUGGCACAGCACCUUGAUUGACAGGAACCUGAUCGACUACUUCGUGCCCUUCCUGCCGCUGGAGUACAGACACGUGAAGAUGUGCGUGCGGGUGGAGGUGGAGGCCCGCGGGCUCGCCGCGGACGAGGAGCUGCUCAGCAGGGUGGCCGAGGAGAUGACCUACUUCCCCCGGGAGGAGAGGAUCUACUCGGACAAGGGCUGCAAGACUGUGGACUCAAAGCUGGAUUAUUACUUUGACUUCUGACACCUCACUGCCGCCACCUGCAGAGGAGCAAAGGGGACCCAAGGCCGGAGUGGAGCCCCCAGGCCGUUGCGUUGGGAAGCGCUUCUGGAGCACGGAGCUGUGCCCCCAGCUGCAGGCUGACAGCAGCACUGCCUCUGCCUUUUUGUUGUCACUACUCCUGGCUCCCAGCUGCUUCAGCCUCCUGUGGCCAAGGUAAGAGGGAACUGAGCUGUGUCUGGCAGCGCUGAAGCCCCUCAGAGCGUGGCCCUUGUCAGAACCUCCUGUCAGGCUGCUGGCACCUCCAGACUGAGACUGAGCUCCUUUUGCUUGGGUUUGCUUUGCUGUGGGUGAUCAGUGGACAAGACUGAGACUUUCAGUCCGAGAUCCUAUGUCUGUGAAAGCCUUUCCUGGGCUGUCUUUGUGUAGGAAGAUUCCUAGAAGUGCAUGGAAAGUGGGAUGUGAGUCUUUGCUUGUGGCUCCAGUGAGGACAGGGGAGGCUCUGAGCAGACCCUGAGCCCUCUAUCCAGCCUCACCAAUGCCGCUGCCUGCCUCAGAACUCUGCUUUCAUUUGGUCUCCUGUAGCCAGGCCAAGAAUCUGAGCUGCUUUGGUGCAAGAAGUGUUCAGAGGGCAAGGAAGGGAGUUCAGGUCCUUGACUGCCCACAGCUGUGGCUGGCUCCUGCCUUGGCUUGUUGAAGUUGUUCACAGCUUUCUUGCCCAGGAGGGAGACAAAUGUCUUGUAAGAGGGGAAGGGCAUUGUGGAAAGGGUGGGAAGGAAACCAGGCUGAAUCUUGCAGCAGGAGCUAAAGAGGCUGCUCCUCUUCAUCUGCAUGUGGAAUUCAGGGGGCAGCUUGUGGGGGGUUCCCUUUCACCCUGUUCACACCACACCCUGUGCCUUGGAGCCUGGGAUGGAGACACCCAAGGGGAUGGGGUGAGGGAAAUCAAUGUUCAGUGUGUCCAUGAAGUUAGUGCAGUGUCAGCCUUGCUGCUGCAGGGCAGGGCUGCAGGGGGGGUCCACUCCACUUUCUAUUCAAAAUAAACUCUUUCCUUGUGGGAACUGUU